CCCUUUCUUUCCUCAUUUUGGGUUCUCUCUUUGUCUCUGGCUUUGCUCUCUCUCUCCCUCCCUAACUCAACCCUAUAAGAUUUUCUAAAUCCAAUAUUAUUUUAUUUGUCCGCUUUCCAAUUUUUCUAUACAAGAAAGCUUUUUGAAGAGAAAGCGCUAGUUGGAACUGAGUUGGGACUGUUUGUUAGGAAGUUUAGUUUGUAUGUAUUUACAUAUGAGAUGGGUUCUCGAGGAAAGCUUUUAUUUGAUCUCAACGAACUCCCUUCCGAGGAUAACAUUGAGGACAGCGACGGGGUCGUACAUUUCCAGCCACAGAAGGCACUUCCAUCCGCAAAUCCCGAGACUAUGGAAAGGUUAGCAGUAUCAGCUACUGCCAAAGGAAUUGCAAACAAGAAUGCUUUUUCCCAUGCAUCUUCUGUAUCUGGUUUUCAACCCUUUGUUCGACCCAAGUCUGCUCAUGGCCCUGAAGGGGGUAGUGAACAGAAUGUGAGACAUCUGAAUUCCAACAAUCCCUCUACUUCUAAGUCAAAUAACGAGGAUAUGAAAGUAGUGCCUGUUUCUGGUGGUUCAGAUGCUCCACCAACAGAAAGAGAAGAAGGAGAAUGGUCUGAUGCUGAGGGUGAGGGUUCUGACGUUGUAUAUAGAAGUAGAAGUUUGGAUAAACAGGUUAAAAUUUCACAAGAGCAAGUAGCGUCUGGAGAAAUGGGCCAUGUUGCUUCUGGUGCUCCUGUUGAUGGUAGUCCGUCCUGUGUAAAAAAUUCUGAAAAUGCCAAGAAUGAAAGUAUCAGAAAUGUGUCUUUAGGAGUAGAUCCAACUGCCAAUGAUCAAAGUGGGAACUUCAGCCGUAACAUAGAAGGGAGUGUAAAAGGUGAUGUAUCUGUGGAUUGUCAAGAGGAAUCUGGUUGUGUUCCAAAGCAACGGGAGGUUAAGGGUAUUGAAGCAAUUCAUGCAAUUAAGUGUGCAAAUAAUCCAGUGAAGAGGAAGAUAGACCAACAGAAUGAAGCAAAGUUGGGAAAGAAACGUAGUAGGCAGACCAUGUUUCUUAAUUUGGAAGAUGUUAAGCAGGCUGGCCCUAUUAAAUCUUCAACGCCUCGAAGACAAGCUUUCUCAUCAGCUAUUGCAACUAGAACAGUGAAGGAAACCCGUACAGUUCCUCCACCUGUUGAGCGCUUUAUAGAAAAGCAAAAUCAAUCAAUGCUAAAGGAGCAGAGACAAGUUGAUGCCUCUUCUGGCGAAGAAGGAACUCCUUUGGAAUCGAGUGAGUCUAAAUACGAAACCAAUGGUGAUGUCAGUUCUGGGUUUGUCAGGUCUAGGAAGCAAAUUGGCGACAGUGAUGCUGCUACAGAGGCCUUGCCACCUAUUCCUAGACAGAGUUCAUGGAAGCAGCCUGCAGAUACAAGGCAACUGAAGAAUUUGCAGGGUUCAAACAGGAAGCCGUCGCUUACUGGUCAAAAUUCCAUGGACUCAAAAGUGGGAAACAAAAAGCCUCCGCCAGCCAAGAAGCAAACAACAAUGAGCAAUGCAUACCAAGACACGUCAGUAGAGCGUCUUAUACGGGAGGUCACCAAUGAAAAGUUUUGGCAUCACCCAGGGGAGACUGACCUCCAAUGUGUUCCUGGUCGGUUUGAAUCUGUGGAGGAGUAUGUCAGAGUAUUUGAGCCUUUGCUGUUUGAGGAAUGCAGAGCACAGCUUUACAGCACGUGGGAGGAAUUAAGUGAAAUACCAUCAAGAGAUACACAUGUAAAGGUCCGUGUAAAGAGCAUUGACAGGAGAGAAAGAGGGUGGUAUGAUGUAGUUGUCCUUCCAUCAAAUGAGUGCAAAUGGACAUUUAAGGAAGGGGAUGUUGCUAUUCUUUCAUCUCCCAGGCCUGGAUCUGCUCGAUCUAAGCGUAGCAACACUUCUGCCGCUGAAGAUGAUGAAGAUCCUGAAAUCAGUGGACGUGUGGCUGGUACUGUUAGACGACACAUUCCUCUUGAUACUCGAGAUCCUCCAGGGGCAAUCCUUCACUUUUACAUCGGUGACUCGUAUGAUUUUAAUGGCACAAAUGACGAUGACCAUAUUCUGAGAAAACUGCUACCUAAAAGUACUUGGUACUUAACUGUGCUUGGUUCCCUUGCAACUACUCAGCGAGAGUACGUUGCACUUCAUGCAUUUCGUCGUCUGAAUUCACAGAUGCAAGCUGCAAUUCUUCAGCCCAGCCCGGAACAUUUUCCAAAAUAUGAGCAGCAAACCCCUGCAAUGCCAGACUGCUUCACACAGAACUUUGUUGAUUAUUUGCAUAGGACCUUCAAUGGACCCCAGCUAGCAGCAAUCCAAUGGGCAGCAACACAUACAGCUGCUGGUACUAGUGGUGGGAUGACAAAAAAGCAAGAUCCAUGGCCCUUUACUCUUGUCCAAGGACCUCCAGGGACAGGUAAGACACACACUGUUUGGGGAAUGCUAAAUGUCAUCCAUCUGGUUCAGUAUCAGCAUUAUUACACUUCUUUGCUCAAGAAACUUGCACCAGAGAGCUAUAAGCAGGGUAAUGAAAGCAGCUCUGACCAUGUGACUGUGGGAUCGAUUGAUGAGGUUCUUCUAAAUAUGGACCAGAAUCUCUUUCGUACUCUUCCAAAGCUCUGCCCCAAGCCUAGGAUGUUAGUUUGUGCCCCAUCUAAUGCUGCAACUGAUGAGCUUCUUGCUCGUGUCCUUGACCGCGGAUUCAUUGAUGGUGAGAUGAAGGUUUAUCGGCCUGAUGUGGCACGGGUUGGGGUUGAUUCACAGACACGAGCUGCUCAGGCUGUCUCUGUUGAGCGGAGAACUGAACAGCUUUUGGUCAAGAGUCGAGAGGAAAUCUAUGGAUGGAUGCACCAGUUAAGAAGCCGGGAAUCUCAGUUUUCGUCACAGAUAACGAAUCUACAGAGAGAACUUACUGUUGCAGCUGCUGCUGUUCGUUCCCAAGGAUCAGUUGGUGUUGAUCCUGACGUUCUUGUGGCCAGGGACCAGAAUCGUGAUGCAUUGCUCCAGAGCCUUGCAGCAGCAGUUGAAGGCAGGGAUAAGAUUUUAGUUGAAUUGUCUCGCCUUGUCAUAUUAGAAGGGAAGUUCCGUCCUGGCAGCAACUUCAAUUUGGAAGAAGCACGGGCUAAUCUAGAGGCAAGUUUUGCAAAUGAGGCUGAGGUUGUUUUUACUACUGUCUCCAGCAGUGGUCGAAAAUUGUUUUCUCGUCUUACUCAUGGGUUUGAUAUGGUGGUGAUAGAUGAGGCAGCUCAAGCCAGUGAAGUGGCAAUUCUUCCUCCUCUUUCUCUUGGUGCCGCACGAUGUGUACUUGUUGGGGAUCCUCAACAGCUCCCUGCAACAGUUAUUAGCAAGGCAGCUGGAACCUUGUUAUACAGUAGAAGUCUUUUUGAAAGAUUCCAGCUAGCAGGAUGUCCCACAAUGUUGUUGUCUGUUCAGUACAGGAUGCAUCCUCAAAUCCGUGAUUUCCCUUCAAGGUACUUCUACCAAGGACGCCUUACGGACAGUGAAAGUGUGGCUAAUUUACCUGAUGAGGUGUACUGUAAGGACCCUUUACUUAAACCUUACAUAUUUUUUGACAUUACUCAUGGGCGGGAAUCACACAGAGGUGGAUCUGUCUCUUAUCAAAACAUACAUGAAGCACAAAUUUGCCUUCGCUUGUACGAGCAUCUUCAGAAAACUGUGAAAUCUUUGGGAGUUGGUAAAGUCACAGUUGGCAUAAUCACACCAUACAAGCUGCAGUUAAAAUGUCUUCAACGUGAGUUUGAGGAAGUUCUGAAUUCAGAUGAAGGAAAGGACAUAUAUAUCAAUACUGUAGAUGCUUUCCAGGGUCAAGAACGUGAUGUAAUUAUAAUGUCAUGUGUGCGUGCAUCAAGCCAUGGGGUUGGCUUUGUUGCAGACAUCCGUCGAAUGAAUGUCGCUCUGACUCGUGCAAGAAGAGCUCUUUGGGUCAUGGGAAAUGCAAAUGCUUUAACACAAUCUGAUGACUGGGGUGCAUUGAUUGCUGAUGCCAAAGCCCGGAACUGUUAUAUGGACAUGGACUCUAUCCCGAAAGAUUUUUUGGCACUGAAGGGACCUUACAAUCCCUUGUCAGGAAAGAUGCUACCAAAUAUGAGGGGUUUAAGGUCUUCUGGACCAAGACAUAGAUCAUUUGAUAUGCAUAUGGAGUCUAGGUCAGGCACACCAUCUGAAGAUGAUGAGAAGUCAAGUGCCUCAGUAAUAUCUAGGAAUGGGAGUUACAGGCCCUUUAAGCCACAAUUUGAUAAUUCCUUGGAUGACUUUGAUCAGUCAGCUGGUGAGAAAUCUAGGGAUGCCUGGCAAUAUGGUAUUCAAAAGAAGCAAAGUUCUUCUGGGGCUGUGGCAAAGAGAGAGAUGUAGUUGGAGAUGGUUGUCUAUGAGUUCUGUUGGGCUUCUGGGAGCUGCAUGACAUUUUUUGUUUUCCUGAUCUUGGAUGGUACUCCUGGCAGUAAGCCCUUUGGGCAUUAGCUCUGCAUGCUGGUCCCAAGAGCUUGAAGUAUUCAAUUAGAAACACCUCGGUUUUGGACUUCAUGCUGAUUACAAUUGCAGUGAACAUACGAGUAAAAGGAAAUGAAAAGAAAGGGAAUUGGAAGAGAGGGCAGGGUUGAGUGUAAGUUGGAUGCCAUUACAGAAAGAUCUGUUUGGUUGAAUCAACUCCUACAAUUUUUCCCACCCAGGGCGGCUUGAUGCUUUUGGGGUUGGUGGUGUAAAAACAUAUCAACCUCUUGCCAUUUGGUCCUCUAGCUUACAGGCCUUUUGAGGUAUUAUUAUUAUUAUUAUAUUAUUUUUUUAAUACGCUCUCAUAGAACACUUGCAUGUUGCGAACGACCAACUUCUUUGUAACUGGAUGGGUCCCAUUCAGUUUACAUCUCACGGGUUGAAUACCAAUUGUCCAGGAAUCUUAUUGGUGGUAUCAGCAAGCUGCAACGUUUGAAUGAAGGAAAUCUGGCCAAUGUUGGUGGCUGCUGACUUAGCUGUCUUCUAACAAGUAUACCGCUAACUUUUUUUUCUUUUUUGUUGUUGUUGGCACUUCCAAUUAGAAAGUUGACAUCACAAAUGCAAAGAUGCUAUGUAAAUUUUUUGAACAUGAAUAGUUUAUUAUUACAUGAUAAUGAAUGAAAAAGGGGAAUGUACAAUUUUGGUGGGUUUUA